AUGUCAUCAUAUAGCAAAAAAGAAAAAGAUUCUUUUAAAAGGGCCUUAAAAGGUCUAUCUAUUAGAGAAUUUGAUUAUAUAACAUUUGAAAAUAUUGGACUACUUGCAUGCGGAGGAUUUAGUAAAGUUUAUCAUGCUUAUUCGAAAAUUUUAGGAAAACAUGUUGCAUUAAAAAGGUUGCAUAAAGAUGACAACAAAUUAUUUCAUAAAAAUUUUGAGAAAAAGUUAACCAAUAUCCUGGCUGCAAAUUACCAUUACAAUAUUAUUAAAUUUUACGGAAUCAAUCCUUCAACAGAGACGUACUACCUAGUAUUACAAUAUGCCAAAGAUGGUGACCUGGGAACUUAUUUACGAAAUUUUUUCUAUAGACUUGAUUGGACAAUUAAAAUCCAUAUGGCUAAAGAUAUUACAAAUGGUCUACGCUAUAUUCACGCAAAAAAUAUAGUUCAUAAAGGUUUACAUUCAAAGAACAUUUUAGUUCAUAAAGGAAGGCUAUUGAUAACAGACAUAGGAUUAUCUCAAUCAUUGGAUACCAAUUCAAUUUCUGUGGGUGGUAAAAUGGUUGCAUAUCUUGAUCCUGAAUAUUUACGAAAUCAAAUGAAGUCUAUAAGAUAUAAAAGAGAUAAGGCUUCUGAUAUAUAUAGUUUGGGAGUUAUUUUUUGGGAAUUAUCGAGUGGAAAACCUCCAUUUGAUGAAAUCCCGGAAAUUUUACAACUUACUUUAGUUACUAACGGUGAAAGAGAAUUACCCAUUAACGGAACACCAGAGGAUUAUAUCAAAAUCUAUUCAAGUGCAUGGAAUGAUAAUCCAGCCCAAAGACCAACGAUAGAAAAUAUUUCUGAUUCUCUCGAAAAUAUAUAUAACGAUUCUAAUGACAAUCAAGAUAUUCAAUUAGAAGCUUUAACAAACAAAUAUAGUAAAGAUUCCUCAUCUUUUCUUUAUACUACUCUCAAUUCUAUGAAUAUUAGUCCCGAUAUGACUAAAAUUGUAGGUUCUGUUGGAGAGAUCACAAAACCUUUCGUGCCAUUGUUUGCUGCUGUAACUCUCGUGAUUUCGGAAAUUAGUGCAAUCUAUGAAACUGUCCAAUAUAAUAAGAAGAUCUGCAAUUCACUUAUGGAUCGUGUAGAUGCUGCUGAUGCAGCCAUCAGAACUUUAAAAAGAAAAAAAGCUGAAAAUGUAAUAAAUUUUUGUAAACAAGAAUAUUACAAUUCAUUUAUUCGUUUUAUUUAUAUCAUGGAACGAAUUAAAAAAUUUAUGGUUGAAAUAACAAAUUUACACAGUUACCAAAAAUUUGUACACUCCGGUUCGGUUAAAGAUAGAUUUGAUUCACUUGCUAAAGACUUUGAUGUAGUAAUGACUGAAUUGCAUUUUACGAUAGCCGUUGCUAAUGAUGCACAAAGGAAGAUAGAUCAAUCUGCUCUCGAAUCCGAUAUUUCAGAUAUGACUAAGUUCUUGGAAAGAAUAGGCGAUGGCAUAGUUGACCGAAAUCAAAAAAUCAAUACUGUUUUCCUGGAAGCGUCAUUAAUGAAUAAAAAAUUGGGUCAUCCAGAUAGUUCAGAGAGAAAUAUUAAAGCAAAUAAAAUAAAGUCAACUGAUUUGAUUGAUCCUUUGACGUCAAAAGCAACGGAUCGCCGAGUGAAGAGAAAUCAUCAGGUUAUCAAAAAAAUAUAUAAAAAUUUUGAGGUCGCCUGCAAACCAAUAGAUCUUCAAAAUAGUGACCCUAAAGAAACUGCAAAAAUUCAAGAACAUCUAGCUAUAUUAGGAAAAUUACGAGAUUCACCCAACAUUAUCAGAUUUUAUGGUCUUUCAUAUAUAGAAAACUCUGACGUUACUGUAUUUGAAUGGGCAGAAUAUGGUUCGCUCAGAGAAUUGUAUUGUAAAUAUGAUAUUGCAUGGCAUGUGAAAGUACGAAUAGCCCUUGAUAUUUGUCGUGGCUUUAUAUUUUUACAUUCUUGUGACAUUCUUCAUCACGAUAUUAGAUGUGAACAUAUUAUGAUGGCUACAGGUCUGGUACCAAAAAUUGCAAAAUUUAAGUAUUCCCACGUGGAAACUAGUCCAACCACAGACAUGAAGGAUGCAACAGAAAUUAUGCGUUGGAUGGCUCCCGAAAAAUUGCGUGAUUCUACAUAUCCUUAUACUUUUAAAUGCGAGAUUUUCAGUUUUGGUAUGUUACUCUGGGAACUUGUUUUCGAAAAAAUUCCAUACGAAAAAUGGGAUAUAUUGAAGAUUAAAGAAUAUGUAUUAGCUGGUAACAGAGAAAAAAUCACAUGGGGAAGGGCAUCAUCGGAUGUUGAAAAACUUCAAAAAGGCUUGGCGAAAAUCAUUGUGUCUGCCUGGCAAGGCGACCCAGCAAUUCGAGCAUCUCUUCAAAAUAUUUUUAUGAAUUUGGUUCAACUAGCUGAUGAAUAUUGCACCGGCAAAGAAACUGAAGCUAAACUUUUACCUGAUAAGGCAUUAGAUUUAGAUGGAUCCGCAGUUUCCAUUAGUGAUGAAGGCGGUUUGGAUUUACCAGACAUGGACAUGGAUUUUAACAUUGAUGAAAUACCACAAAUAAUUCCUCUUGAAGAAGGUAUUGCAGCACAUAGGAAUAAAGAACAUGCAAAAGCUUGGAAAUGUUUUUUAGCGCAUGCAGAUUUAAAUAAUGCAACUGCAAAAUAUUGGAAAGGAUAUUACUUGUGGGAAGGAAUUGAAAUUGAGAAAGAUCGUAAACAAGCUUGUGAAUUGUUUAAAGAAGCAGCUGAUGAUGAAAUCGCAGAUGCUCAAUUACGUUAUGCAUUUUCAUUAGUUAAUAAUCCACCAGUAAAAUUUGAUCGUGAUAUCUUUUUAAAAUAUAUAACCAAAGCUGCAGAUAAUAAUAAUCCCACUGCACAAUAUAACUUGGGAGAGGUGUAUUUUUAUGGUAAACUUAAUCAAAAAAAGGAUGAAGAAUUAGGCAAAAAAUAUUUAAGAUUAGCAGCUCUCAAUAAUCAACCUAAAGCUAAAGAGGUUUUACAAAAGUUGGGGAUUAAUGUGUACACCGAUAUUUAA